AAUAUUGUUUUUUACAACAAUAGCUUAUGUUGUUAGAUACUUAAGUGUGUGUUUUUGCUUUUUAAAUAGACAAUCAUGUUUACAACAAUGUUAACGAUUGUUAAAGUAAUUAUUGUUGCUAGUAUAUGUGUAACAAUAGCACAAGCGAGACCAAAAAAGCAUCGUUAUGACAAUAAUAAACCGAAAAAAGAAGAAUAUGAUCAAAAACAAACUGGCGAUUAUAAUAUUCGAUUACAUUUGAAAGAUUUUCAAAUUAUUGCUUUAUUAAAUGAUGGAUUAGGUGACUUAGGGGAUUACGACUAUAAUUACGAUUAUUCAGAAUUAACAAUCAAACCAGUCUUGCCAGUAUUUACAACACCAUCUUCUGUACCAACAUCAUCGACCACAUUAGCAACUUCAAAUCCAGAGAAAAAUAGCACAUUGAGCAACGUAACCGAACAACCAACAUCAACAACAAAUGAACCAUUAGAUCUAUCCACAACCGCAUCAACUGGACCAACAGAAAAUUUAAAUGAACAACAAAAUUUAAAUGUAACAAAACUUGAGAAUAAUUCGUCAAAGCCAGAAAAUUCAACUCAACCAGAUUCUGAUAUAAUAUUUUUACAUAACAAUACAAAACCAUUAGAUAAUGAAACAUUAAUUGCUGUUCAAGUAUUGUAUGAAGCAUUAAAUGGUAAUAAUUUAAUAAAAAGUGCCGUACCAAUUGGUUUUGAAAGUAAUAAAAUACCAUUAGCUGAAAAAAGUGAGCUUAGCAAUAAAGAAAACACAACAGCUAUAGUUAUUGAAGAUGUUACCGAAUUGCCAAGUUUAUCCAAUCAAACUACUGUAUCAUCAUCGGUUGAUUCAAAUUCAUUGCAAAAACGAAGACGGUGUAUCAAUGGUUAUCGAAAAGAUAAACUAGGUAGAUGUCGACGAUUAAGAAGACCUGGAAUACCAUUUGAAGUACAACUUGGUAGAUUGGCAUCAAAAAUAAGAAGAGCAGGAGUGUCAAUGGUUAAAAAACCAUAAUAAUUUUAUUCCUCAAUUAGCCA